AUGUUCUCCACACUCGUUUCCGCCACUCUCGUUUCUGUUCUCGCCAUCCAGGGCGCCCGUGCUGCCUUUACGAUCGACACUCCCGUUUUGACUCAAUGCCAGGAUACCCACAUCACUUGGUCGCAAUCUCAGGCCCCUUACAACCUCCUCAUUGUCCCAAGUGCUGAUCCUUGCGGCGAUUCUCUUGCUGACCUCGGCGACCACAAUGGCCUUUCCAUGACCUGGAAGGUCAACCUUGCCGCUGGCACGAAAGUGAUGCUCUCACUUGAAGAUGGCUCCUCCGAUGAGGCUUGGAGCGCCGAUAUCGUUGUCCAACCUAGCAACGAUACCUCUUGCCUUUCCGGUGCCGCUGCCUCCAGCGUCAUUGCGUCUGCGUCCGCCGCCGCUUCGUCCAUCGCUUCCGCCAUCGCUUCCGCCUCUGCCGUCACCUCUGCUGUUCCCACUACGUUGAGCAUCGCAUACACUGGCAAGCCCGCUAGCGUUGUUACUAGUGCCGUAGCAUCUGGCACCAGCUCGAGCUCCGGUGCUACUGUAAGCGCUCUCGGAGCUGCCAACGCCGGCGCCAACCCCUUCAGCAGCGGUGCCCCUGCCGCUCGUUCGCUCUAUAAGCCUGCCAUGAUCUUCGGCGCACUCGGUGCAGCACUCGCCAUCGCCCUCUAA